GGAGCCAUUAUUGUUUUGGUUUAGAUUAGAUUAUGAUCUAAGUUUAUUUUGAUAAUGUUUUAUGUACAUUUCAGUUUAUUGCACUAUGGUUUGUAUUUCCUUUGACCACUGGUGGCACUGCAGAGCCUAUAAAGGUGUUGAGGUGGCAGUGCAUUGGCGUUUUGUGGGUGACGGGAGGUCACACGGUUUUUACCGCUUCAUUUUGGUUUCAUAUGCCACGUCUAAUUUGCCGUUAUAACUUUCAUCAUUUACAUAAACCUGGACAAGAAAUAGCCAUUCUGGACCCAGCUUGUGAUUGUCAACAUAUUCAAUAAAUGGGACAAUAAACCCAAACCCGCUUUCUGCCUGGACAAUAUUGUUGAAGCGAGUCAUUGCCUCCACCCGCACCCGAGGGUGACUAAAAGUGGGACUUGAUAGUCACUACAACAAGUAAAAACCUGGACCUGUCUAGAAUUGGAGGAAGUCGCUUCAUCUGGAGCUCAUCAGGAAAAGUUUGGCAGGUGCCACACCCGCAGCGCUGUUUACCUGGAGGUUGGAUUGAGACGUCAGCAUACAUCGAUCCUUUGUUGGGACUCCAAAGCAAUCUAAAAGGUUUGAGGCACAAGCAAAACAUUCAAGACAUCUCCGGUGAGUGCAGUCAUCCUUUUGGGUUAAAGUCGCUGGAGUGGAGUUUUGAUGCGCUGCGGCCGCUGCGGCCUGACAAGAGCUGAUUGCCUGCAUAAGAACUGCUAAGGAUAUUGAUGGCUUCCACUCAUUAAACUGUUCAUUCAUGUGCUGAUGUCUGGAAAACACAAACGUGACUGUGUCAAUACUCGUGCUUUGUGGCAGCAGUGCGUAAAAUAGCGCGAGGAAGAGCGCCACAAUCAUCCGUGUUUGCUGAAUGGUGUUUUAUGAAUGAAAUGGAUUUGGAUAAUGAUGAAACCAAUUUUAGAGACAAUGAAAAUGAAAAAAGACAAAGGAAGUUUUCUGUUAAAGGUUUGGCUUUUGAGAUCGAAAAACUGCAAAAGGAGAGGUCUUAUCUAUUUAAACAAGCCAAUAAAAUAAAGGCAAAAAUAAAAGACCUUUGUUCAUCAUCUGCCAAUUUUAUUGCCGUCAAACAACAUCUUCAAGGGUUCAGUGCAUUAUGUAAAAAUGCAUCUUCACUUCAUGACACUUUAUUAAAGGAGUUUUCUUUACCCGAAGACGAACAACAGAGACAAAAUGCAUGGUUUAAAGAUAAAAGUGCUGCAAAUGAAGCGUUCGUGAAUGAAGUGUGCAGUUGGUUAAAAGAAAACGAAGUUUUGAAUGAAAAUGAAAAUGCUGAUGAUGAGCCCGACGCGAAGGUUGGGGUGAAAGAAUAUGAUGAACAUUUUGACUGUGUUAAACCUGAAGAUAGUGCGUCAAAUGUAUCCAAACGGUCGCGCAAAAGCAGCCGUGCGUCUGGAUCAAGCACUUCAUCCGCUUGUAAAUUGGUCAUGGCAGAGAAAGCAGCAUUGAUUGAGAAAGCUGCUGCUCUGAAGAGGAGACACGAGCUGGAAGAGCAAGAGGAAAAACACAGACUGGAAGCGGAGAAAUUAAGAAAGCAAAAGGAACAAAUGGAGUUGGAAGCACAAAUAGCUGCUGCAUCAAUAAAACUCUCUGUUUUGGAAGGAAGUGAUGUGGGAAGGCGAUCCUGCUCAAACGGCAUGAACUCUUAUGUGAGCAAAGGACUCAGAGAACAAAGGCAAGCCGAGUUUAAUCCUCAAGCAAAGGAAUGUGUGCCAAAAGGUGCCGUCUUUCAGCUGAGCUCAACAGCGCCCCUAGUGUCUGAACCAGAUGCUCGACCUAAAACUGUCACACUCAAGUCAAGUGCACCGACUCAAUUCAAGCAACAAAAGUUAAAGAUGUCCAUUCAAAGUGAAUCAUUACAACCACAAUCUUCCCAAAACCAGCAGCAGAACCCUGUGCAAAUAUUUUCACCUGUGGACAACAAUGCAAUUUGUGCUAUUAUGCAAAAGCAAAAUGAAAUCACAGCAAUGCUUGUUCAGCACCAAUUAUCAGCUACGUUGCCCCAGCGAGAAAUUCCAGUUUUUGAUGGUAAUCCACUACAAUGUAUUUCAUUUUUUAAAGCCUUUGAACAUUGUGUGGAGGGAAAAACCAGCAGCUAUCAAGACUGUUUGUACUUUCUCGAACAAUACACCAGGGGACAGCCAAGAGAGCUUGUGAGGAGCUGCAUGCAUAUGCCAUCACAGCAAGGUUACCAAAAGGCAAAAGGUCUUCUAAUGGAGCACUUUGGCAAUGAACAUAAAAUAGCAACAGCAUAUAUGGACAAAGUCAUUUGUUGGCCAGCAAUUAAAACUGAAGAAAUUCAAGCUUUGCAAGACUUUGCUUUGUUUUUAAGAGGAUGCUGUAAUGCUAUGUCUGACAUACAUUAUAUGGAAGAACUUAAUCUACCAUCCUACAUGAGGCAAGUGAUCCUGAAAUGGCCCUACAAGCUACGUGAAAAAUGGAGAACUGCAGCCUGUGAACUACAGGAACGGCGAGGUUUCAGGGCAACAUUUACUGACAUGGUCACCUUCCUUGAGCAUCAAGUAAAAAUAUUGUCUCAUCCUUUAUUUGUAGACAUUUCUGAAACAAGACCAAGUCUUGCAGCAAAGGAAGUACCAAGAAACAAAGGCUCAAUAAAGACCAACAUCAAAGGAAGCACCUUUGUUACAGCUAUAGCACCCAGUGACUGCGCUAUAUCUUCCCCAUCUGUGCUACCAAAGCCACAAGUGCAGCCAGUAGCUACCAGAAGUCCAGCUCCAGAAGCCUGUCCAUAUUGUGAUCAAUCUCAUUCCUUAAUGAAAUGUCCAAAGCUAACCAGGAUUCCUCAAAAGGAUAAAAUUGAAUUUCUGAAAGGAAAGGGAAUAUGCUUUGGAUGUUUUAAGGUUGGCCACAUGAGUAAGGAAUGUAAAAAUCGCCUCACUUGUGAUAAAUGCAACCGGAAGCAUCCUACCAUCCUACAUUCUGACAAAGAACAAGCUAAAGCCCAAGAAACACCUGUCAGCAGUGCCCUCGUGUCUCAUAAGGCUGAUGUUUGUACUGAUGGAGGAGAGGACUGUACUCUUUCAAUUGUUCCCGUCAAAAUAAAAUCUAAGAAAGGAGAUCAAGUGUUUCAAACUUAUGCCUUCUUGGAUCCUGGAAGCACAGCAACCUUCAUUACCAACAAAUUAAAGAAGAAACUAAACGUGCAAGGCCCAAAGAUUAACAUCUUGCUGCGUACUAUGGGCCAAGAAAGGUUGGUGAGCAGCUGUUUUGCCACUGGACUGGAAAUUUCGGGGCUACAAAGUAACAGCUUUGUAGAACUUCCUGAAGUUUACACACAAGAAGCCAUUCCAGUCUCUCGGAACAACAUUCCUCUUCAGAGAGAUGUUGAAAAAUGGGACUAUCUCAGCACCAUCAGGAUUCCGGAACUGAAUGCUGAUGUCGAGCUUUUGAUUGGAAUGAAUGCAUCAAACCUCAUGGAGCCAUGGGAGAUAAUCAACAGUCAAGGCAACGGACCAUAUGCUGUCAGAACCCCACUUGGAUGGGUCAUUAAUGGUCCCCUGCGAAGCAGUGUAACUACCCAGAAAGGUUGUACAACUGUUAACGCAAACAGGAUUUCUGUUGCCAAACUGGAGGAGCUGUUGAUAUCUCAAUACAAUCAAGACUUUGAUGAAAAAACACUGGAAGAAAAACAUGAAAUGUCAAUCGAGGACAAGAAAUUUAUGGAAAUAAUGGAAAAUUCAGCUUGUACGCUGGAUGGACAUUAUUGUUUGGACUUGCCCUUCAAAAAGGAUGACAUUAUCAUGCCCAACAACCGGUGUGUUAUGGCACAACGCCUUCAGACACUCAAAAGAAAGUUUGAGAGGAACAAAGUCUACAAAAAGGAAUAUACAGCAUUAAUGAUGGAUCUUAUCAACAAAGGCUAUGCAGAAAAAGUACCUCUUGACCAGAUGGAACCCAAAGAAGGAAAAGUCUGGUAUCUCCCACACCACGGUGUCUAUCACCCAAGGAAAAGGACUUUGAGAGUGGUUUUUGACUGUGGAGCAAGCUACAAAGGCUCUUCUUUGAAUGGCCAGCUUCUACAGGGGCCGGACCUUACCAACUCUCUCUUCGGUGUUCUAACCAGAUUCAGGCAAGAAAAUAUUGCUCUGAUGACAGAUGUCCAGGCCAUGUUCCAUCAAGUAAAAGUGUCAGAAAAGCAUCUGGACUUUUUGCGCUUUCUGUGGUGGCCAUUAGGAGACACGUCUGUCAGCCCAAUGGAAUACCGGAUGACAGUUCACCUCUUCGGAGCUGUAUCAUCGCCAAGCUGUGCCAAUUAUGCUCUGAGGCAAACUGCUACAGACAACAUUGAAUGUUAUCAUAAAGAAGUGACUGACACUGUCUAUAAUAACUUUUAUGUGGAUGAUUGUCUAAAAUCUGUUGCCAUGGAAGAAACUGCAGUAAAGCUGGCAGAAGAUCUUACUGAAUUGUGUUCUAAAGGAGGAUUUGAGCUUUCAAAGUGGACAAGCACAAGUCGUGCUGUGCUAUCGUCCAUUCCUGAACAGAAACGUUCCAAUUCAACAAGACAACUACAUCUGGAACGGGAUAGUCUGCCUGUAGAAAAGGCUCUUGGCCUAAGCUGGUGUGCAGAGAGUGACACUUUUAUCUUUCAACUAGUGAUGGAAGAAAGACCUCACACCAGACGUGGCAUUCUCUCAAUGGUCAGCUCCAUCUAUGAUCCACUGGGUUUCCUGGCACCAUUCACUUUGUUACCAAAGUUAUUGCUGCAGGAGAUGUGCAGGAGAAAAAUGUCUUGGGAUGAGCCUGUCUCCCAGACGAUGUCACAGCAAUGGACUUUAUGGCUUCAAGAUCUGCAAAAAAUAACAGAGUUUAACGUGAGUCGCUGUAUUAAACCAAAACACUUUGAAGAACCACUACAAGCUCAACUGCAUCAUUUUGCGGAUGCCAGUGAACAUGGUUAUGGUACAGUGUCUUACCUACGACUGCAGGAUGAGAAAGGAAAUGUGCAUCUGGCCUUCAUGCUGGGCAAGGCUAGAGUUGCUCCAUUAAAACAAACAACAAUUCCCCGCCUUGAACUUACCGCUGCCGUGCUUGCUGUGAAAGUUGACAGAAUGUUAAGAAAGGAACUGUCACUUGACUUAACAUACUCAUACUUCUGGACGGACAGUCAGACGCUGCUGAAAUACAUACACAAUGAGAACAAACGAUUUUACACCUUCGUUGCAAAUAGGGUGGCUGCAAUAAGGGAAGCUACAGAUGUAUGGCAGUGGAGAUACGUUGCUUCUAAGCUUAAUCCAGCCGAUGAAGCAUCCAGAGGACUUACCGCACAUAACUUCAUGGCCUGUCAAAGGUGGAUCGCAGGUCCAGCCUUUCUUCAGAAGCCAGAAAAGGACUGGCCAGAGGUUUUUAACCCAAAGCCUGUUUCUUUAGAGGAUCCAGAAGUCAAAGGUGAAGUCAUAGUGAAUGUUUUCAGCUUACAGGCCGAUGAUCCUACUUCAAGGUUCAUUCAUUAUUUUUCAAGUUGGAGAAAGCUGAAAACUUCAGUCGCUUGGUUUCUCAAGCUAAAGGCCAUCUUGCUGGAUCUUAGUCAAAAAAGGAAAGAAUUUGAGGCUUCACUCCCUGCUGCCGAUGUAUCGACUUUCACUAAGAAAGCACAAGAAAACACGAAAAGAGCCAGAGAAGCUGUUUGCACACAAACAUUGUCAGUGAACGAUCUCUUCAAAGCUGAAAGUGCAAUUAUCUGGUACUGUCAAUCAAAAAGAUUCAAAGAAGAAAUCAGCACCUUGGAGAGUGGCGCUUCUGUUGUGAAGACCAGGAGCAACAUCUACAAACUAGAUCCAAUACUCAAGAAUGGUUUACUGAGAGUCGGUGGAAGACUUCGCCGCUCAGCUAUACCUCAGGAGCAGAAACAUCCCGCUAUUCUCACCAAAGACCAACAUGUUUCCAAGCUUAUUUUGCAGCAUAUACACCAGCAGCUUGGGCAUGCAGGAAGAAACCACAUGCUAUCAGCUCUUAGAAAAAGGUACUGGAUUACUAGUGCCAACUCAGCUUGCAGGAAGAUCAUCUCUGAAUGUGUUAUUUGUAAACGACAAAGAGCACAGCCAUCUUGGCAGAAAAUGUCUGAUAUGCCAGAAGAACGCAUCAGUCCAGAUUUGCCACCAUUCACUAAUGUAGGUGUGGAUUAUUUUGGGCCCAUAGAGGUGAAAAGAGGACGUGCCAUAGUCAAAAGAUAUGGAGUAAUCUUUACCUGCAUGGCAAGCCGGGCUAUACAUCUGGAGGUGGCACACUCACUAACGACCGAUUCUUGCAUCAAUGCCAUAAGACGUUUUAUAUGUCGAAGAGGUCCAGUUAGUCAAAUGAGAUCAGACAAUGGCACAAAUUUUAUUGGUGCAGAACGUGAACUGAGAGAGGCGUUGGCAUCAGUGGAACAGAACAAGAUUCAUCCAUUUCUGCUUACGAAAGAGAUUGACUGGACAUUUAAUCCCCCUGCUGCAUCCCAUCAUGGAGGAGUUUGGGAGCGUCUUAUUAGAAUGGUUCGAAAGGUAUUAUUUUCUGUCCUUCAACAGCAGUCACUGGAUGAUGAAAAUCUACAAACCUUCUUGUGUGAAGUGGAAGCCAUUCUAAAUGAUCGCCCCAUAACUAAAGUCUCUGAUGAGGCAAAUGAUCUGGAAGCUCUUACGCCAAAUCACAUUCUGCUGCUCAAAGGGAGCCCUAUUCUAGCUCCUGGUGUAUUUGAAGAGAGAGACUGCUACAUCAGAAAACGCUGGAAGCAGGUUCAGUAUCUGGCAGACUUGUUUUGGAAAAGGUGGACAAGAGAGUACUUACCUUUGCUACAAGAAAGACAAAAAUGGUCUAAGCCUCAAAGGAACUUCACAGUGGGAGACGUCAUCGUGGUGAUGGAUCAUACUGCGCCUCGUGGAUCUUGGAUUCUUGGAAGAAUAAUCAACACUUAUCCUGACAAAAAUGGACUUGUUAGAGCAGUUCAGCUGAAAACGAAGACCGGGCAGCUGGAGAGGCCCAUCUCGAAGAUCUGCCUUCUUCAAGCAGCUGUAUAAGAUGGAGAGAAGAUACUACAUGGGACAUUUUUUGGCUCCUUAUUUUGUUAUUAUUUAAUUGUGCUGUUUACACAAUUGGGGCCGGUGUGUAGGAGCCAUUAUUGUUUUGGUUUAGAUUAGAUUAUGAUCUAAGUUUAUUUUGAUAAUGUUUUAUGUACAUUUCAGUUUAUUGCACUAUGGUUUGUAUUUCCUUUGACCACUGGUGGCACUGCGGAGCCUAUAAAGGUGUUGAGGUGGCAGUGCAUUGGCGUUUUGUGGGUGACGGGAGGUCACACGGUUUUUACCGCUUCGUUUGGUUUCAUAUGCCACGUCUAAUUUGCCGUUAUAACUUUCAUCAUUUACAUAAACCUGGACAAGAAAUAGCCAUUCUGGACCCAGCUUGUGAUUGUCAACAUAUUCAAUAAAUGGGACAAUAAACCCAAACCCGCUUUCUGCCUGGACAAUAUUGUUGAAGCGAGUCAUUGCCUCCACCCGCACCCGAGGGUGACUAAAAGUGGGACUUGAUAGUCACUACAGCCACUAUAAAGUACUUUA